AAAAAGCCCUCCUUUUUCAUUUUUGCCUUUUUUCAACCCGCGUUUCGUCUCCGCCGGAGAGUGGCUGUGACAUGCCGCCAACACCACCCCGACCACAAGAAAAAAGAGAAAGGAAAGAACAGGAGUCGUAAUACAGUCGCAAGCCGAAACAACACAAUUCUGGCGUGAUUUUUCGUGAGCUCUCGAUAUGGGCAACUGCUUCGCGUGUGUGACAGUAAGAAGUUUGGAAGAUGGAAAAACGUCAAAGAAGAAGAAACCAAGAAAGAAUGAACGGACAGAAAGAAGACCCAACCCUUUCGCCGAAGACCCGAUUCGUUCUCCAGCACCGAUCCGUGUCCUAAAAGAUUUUGUCCCACUUGGUCACCGCACUCGCAUCAGCGACAAGUACGUUCUGGGUCGCGAACUCGGCCGAGGCGAGUUCGGCGUCACCUACCUCUGUACCGAUAGAGAAACCAAGGAGACCUUGGCUUGCAAGUCUAUCUCCAAGAGAAAGCUAAGAACGGCCGUUGACAUCGAAGACGUUCGCCGUGAGGUUGCGAUCAUGUCCAGCCUCCCUGACCAUCCUAACGUGGUAAGGCUUAAAGCUACUUACGAAGACAACGAGGCUAUACACCUCGUUAUGGAGUUAUGCGAGGGUGGUGAGCUCUUCGAUCGGAUUGUAGCGCGGGGGCACUACAGUGAACGUGCAGCUGCAAAUGUGGCUAGGACGAUUGCGGAGGUUAUAAGGAUGUGUCAUGAGAACGGAGUGAUGCAUAGAGACCUCAAGCCCGAGAAUUUCCUGUUUGCCAACAAGCGGGAGAACGCUCCGCUUAAAGCAAUCGAUUUCGGGCUCUCCGUAUUCUUUCGCCCUGGGGAACGGUUCUCGGAAAUUGUGGGAAGUCCGUACUAUAUGGCGCCGGAGGUAUUGAAGCGCAACUAUGGACCAGAAGUUGAUAUUUGGAGUGCUGGAGUUAUCUUGUAUAUUUUGUUGUGUGGUGUACCUCCGUUUUGGGCUGAGACUGAACACGGUGUUGCUCAGGCAAUUCUGCGAGGUGUAAUUGAUUUCAAGAGGGAUCCAUGGCCGAUGGUUUCUGAAAGCGCUAAAAACCUUGUCCUUCAGAUGCUGGAGCCAGACCCGAGAAAGCGUCUGACUGUUCAACAGGUGCUUGAACAUUCCUGGCUACAAAAUGCAAAGAAAGCCCCAAAUGCCCCAUUGGGAGAUAUUGUAAGGACAAGACUUAAACAAUUCUCUGUGAUGAAUAGAUUCAAAAAGAAAGCCAUGCGGGUAAUUGCUGAGCACUUAUCUGUUGAAGAAGUGGAAGUUAUUAGUGAUAUGUUUAAACUAAUGGACACUGAUAACAAUGGAAAAAUAACAUAUGAGGAAUUGAAGGCUGGGCUUCAUAAGGUUGGGUCUCAAUUGGCUGAACCAGAGAUGAAAUUGCUCAUGGAAGUGGCUGAUGUUGAUGGGAAUGGCACAUUGGACUAUGGAGAGUUUGUUGCAGUGACAAUUCACUUACAGAGAAUGGAGAAUGAUGAGCACUUUCGCAGAGCAUUUGUGUUCUUUGAUAGAGAUGGAAGCGGGUAUAUUGAAGUGGAUGAGUUACGGGAAGCCUUGAGUGAUGAAUCUGGCCAAGCAGAUGCUGAAGUGUUGAAUGACAUCAUUCAUGAGGUUGACACAGACAAGGAUGGAAGAAUCAGUUAUGAGGAAUUUGUUGCAAUGAUGAAAACUGGAACUGAUUGGAGAAAGAUGUCAAGACAUUAUUCAAGAGAGAGGUUCAAGAGUUUGAGUAUGGACUUGAUGAAGGAUGGGUCAUUGAAAUUUGGUGAUGAGUUGGAUGAUCAAGGCACUGUAGUUGGAACGAAGGGCACAUGAUCAUUUAUAUUUCUUUGUUCUGCUGAAUAUUCUGUUGCCACCAUUCCAAACCAAAGCCAGAUUCUUUUUAUUCAUGUUUAGCACAUGGGAAGCCAUCGGAAAUUGAGGGGUCGGUGACUGGUUUUGGUUUUAUUGCUGAAUUUUGCUUGCUCUUUUGGCUGCACGAGGCAGAUAGCCCAAGGGCCGAGGCCUUAGAACUGGCUUGAGUUGUCGGGUAUUCCAAGGGAUUGAAGCGUCUUGGUGACAGUUUCUUUGUCAUUUUUGUCAAAUUUGUGUAAAUUUGCCUUACUAUGUUUGAUUUGCCUAUACAUCUGUAGUAUUUCUGUUUUUCUUUCUUGUGCAGACAUGAAUUGGAGCUGUUCAGUGACACUGUGAGCAUCAUAUAGUAUCAAUUUAUUUCAGUCUACAUUGUCAGGGCAA